AAUAAAAUACGGGCUCGGUUAUUUAAGUCCACUAAUUGCACGGGCCGUGUGGAUCCUACAAUUUUUUUUAAUUUCUUCUUUUUCCCAGCCCCAAUUGACUGACAUCUCUCACUUUCCCCCUCUCGCUCUAUAAUUAAUCUAUAUCAGGGAAUUAUUAUUGUUACUCCUGCUCCCUUGCAGAGGAGCUGCGUAGCAGAGCAAACACACUGCUGUGCGUACUCGAUCUCUCGUCGAUCAUAUAUAUAUAUAUAUAUAUAUAUAUAUAUAUAUAGGGGGCGGAGAGAUAGAAAGAUCGAGCUAGAGAGCUCUCCAGAGAGGGGCCGGGGCGACCUGCAGAUCACAGGGUUUGUACACGUACGAUCGAUCGAGAGCAUGAGGAUGAGAAUGAGAAUGAGAAUGAUGGCGGCGGCGGCGGCUGCCUUGAGCAUCAUACUGCAAGGGGCGGCGGCGGCGACCCAGCACGUCGUGGGCGGCGCCACCGGAUGGACCAUCCCGUCCACCGCCAGCUUCUACUCCGGCUGGUCAUCUGCUCAGGCCUUCACCGCCGGAGAUACGCUCCUGUUUAAUUUUACGACGGGGAUCCACAACGUGAUGCCGGUGGGCAAGGCGGGGUACGACGGGUGCUCGACCCAGGGCACGGUGGGGCCCACCCUGACGACGGGGCCCGCCACCGUGACGCUGAAGGCGCCGGGCGCCCACUACUACAUCUGCGGCGUCCCCACCCACUGCUCCUUCGGCCAGAAGCUCGCCGUCAACGUCUCCGCCGCCGCCGGACCAGCGCCGUCCCCGUCCCCGUCCCCGUCCGGGCCAUCGGCUCCGCCUCCCGGCGGUGCCCGCCCAGAAGCUCCCACGACGCCUACGGCGCCCUCGGCACCCGCGCCCGCAUCCCGGCGCCGCCCCUCCGCCGGCAGCUCAUCUCCGCCCCACCUCCUUCCGGAUCCGCGGUGUGGCUGCUGGCGCUUCUAUCCGCAGCAGCAGCAGCAGCGGCAGCCGGCGGCUUCGCGCAGCACUAGCUAG